GUAUAAAUGAUUAAAGAAAGUAGUAAUAAAGAAAGAAAAAGAAAAUGAGAGUGGUGAAUAUCUCCGGAGGUCAACUGGAAGAUAGAGGUGUCUAAUCGCGUAUUCCAUUAGUCAGGCAAUUGCGAAUGGCAAAUGUGUGUUGUGUGGGCAUUGCAGGGGAAGUUUGGGGGCAACCAUAAUCCAACAAUCCCUGAGACAUACAACAGAAUGAAGACGCCAACGCCGGAGCCUGCCGCUUCUAAUCCAUGCCAAGUUGCAGAGAAGAAGAGCAUAAACCCAGAGCUGUGGCAAGCAUGCGCGGGUCCUCUGGUCAACCUUCCUCCCUCAGGCACGCACGUCAUCUACUUCCCGCAGGGCCACACCGAGCAAGUCGCAGCGUCUCUCAAGAAAGACGUGGACGCUCAAAUCCCCAACUAUCCCAAUCUCCCCUCCAAGCUGCUAUGCCUCCUUCACGGUCUCACUUUGCAUGCUGAUCCCGAAACCGAUCAAGUAUACGCGCAGAUGACUCUUCAACCUGUGCCUUCCGUUGACAAGGACGCUCUUUUGAGAUCAGAUCUCGCUCUCAAGUCCACCAAGCCCCAACCCGACUUCUUCUGCAAGCAACUCACCGCCAGCGACACCAGCACUCACGGCGGCUUCUCCGUCCCCCGUCGCGCCGCCGAGAAGAUUUUCCCUCCUCUCGAUUAUUCUAUGCAACCUCCUGCUCAAGAACUCGUCGCUAGGGAUUUGCACGACACCGUUUGGACAUUCCGCCACAUAUACCGUGGACAACCAAAGCGUCACUUGCUGACCACUGGAUGGAGUCUCUUUGUCAGUGGAAAGAGGCUUUUUGCUGGAGACUCUGUUUUAUUUAUUAGAGAUGAAAAGCAGCAGCUUCUUUUGGGUAUCAGACGAGCUAACAGGCAACCCGCCAACAUAUCAUCGUCGGUGCUAUCAAGUGAUAGUAUGCACAUUGGAGUUCUUGCUGCAGCGGCUCAUGCAGCUGCAAACAAUAGCCCCUUCACCGUCUUUUAUAAUCCUAGGUCUAGUCCAUCGGAAUUUGUUAUUCCUUUAGCCAAGUACUACAAGUCUGUGUACAGCCACCAGCCGUCACUUGGCAUGCGAUUCCGAAUGAUGUUUGAAACUGAGGACUCCGGAACAAGAAGGUAUAUGGGUACAAUUACAGGUAUCAGUGACCUGGAUCCUGUGCGAUGGAAAAACUCUCAAUGGCGUAGUUUGCAGGUUGGCUGGGAUGAGUCAACUGCUGGAGAGAAGCGUAGCAGGGUCUCAAUCUGGGAAAUCGAACCAGUGACUGCUCCAUUUUUCAUCUGUCCACCUCCAUUCUUUAGAUCCAAGAGGCCAAGACAGCCUGGAAUGCCUGAUGAUGAAUUAUCUGAUUUUGAUAAUAUUUUCAAGCGGACAAUUCCUUGGAUUGGGGAUGAUAUGUGCAUGAAGGAUUCCCAAGGUCUCCCUGGCCUGAGCUUAGCUCAAUGGAUGAACAUGCAGCACAAUCCUGCAAUGGCCAGCUCGUUGCAGCCAAAUUAUGUACCUUCCUUAACGGGAUCUAUUUUGCAAAAUAUCCCUGGAGCUGAUAUUUCUCGUCAACUGGGAUUUUCUGCUCCUCAGAUUUCUCAGUCAAACAAUGUAGCCUUCAAUACUCAGAGGCUACUUCAGACUGCUCAACAACUGGAUCACCUUCAGAAGCUACCAUCUACUUCCAGCGCGUUGGGAACAGUCAUGCCGCCGCAGCAACAGUUGGGUGAUAUCACUCAACAACCGAGGCAGAAGUCGGCAAAUCAAACUAUCCCCCAGAGUCAAGUUCAGGCCCAACUCUUGCAUCCCCAGAACAUUGUACAAAGCAACAAUAUUCUUCAACAGCCGCAACCAUCCAUUCAAAACCAUCAACUCCAUAGAAGCCUCUCUCAGAACCCAUCACAGCAGCAGCAACAGACAAUUAUAGGUCAGAAUCAACAACAAAAUUUGAUCCAGUCCCCUGUACCUGAUCAUGUUCAACAAUUACAAAUGUCCGACAAUCAGAUUCAGCUGCAGUUGUUACAGAAGCUUCAACAACAAAAGCAAACACUCUUGGCACAGCAAACUGCACUGCAGCAGCCUGCUCAAUUUAGUCAAAUCCAGGAUCAGCAGAGACAGAUUUUAGAUAAAACACAUAACUUGUCUAGAGCACUAGCACCUGGUCAAGUACUGGAAAUCCCUACUAUACUUCAGAAUUCACUCCCUGAGGCUAAUUCUAUCUCAAAUCAGAUGACCAAGGCUAAUUGUCAGAACAAUAUUCAAUACUCUCAGCAGCCCAAGCUUCAACAGCAGCAGCCUGGCUUGCUUUCUGAAAUGUCUGGCCACGUGGCUCUUCUCCCUACCCCUACAACUAACCAACUUUCUACUGCUGGCAGUAGUAUACUGACUGGAGCAGCUGGUGCAGGUCAAUCUGUAAUUACUGAUGAUGUUCCAUCUUGCUCCACCUCACCUUCUACAAAUAACUGUGCCACUGCACUUCAACCAUUGAUAAAUUCCCGAUUCCAGAGAAGCACAAUAGUAGGGGAUGACAUGGCUCAGUCCACUGCCACACUCUUGAGUUCUAGUGCCUUAGAGACUAUUUCAUCAAAUGCAAACCUGUUGAAAGAUUUACAGCCCAAGUCAGAAGUUAAGCCUUCGCUGAAUAUUUCUAAAAUCCAGAAUCAAGGGCAUUUUGGUCCUCAGACAUACUUGAAUGUUAGUGCUGCCCAUACAGAUUGUUUGGAUACAUCAUCUUCUACGACAUCAGUUUGCCUUUCUCAGAGUGAUGCUCAUAUGCAUCAGAAUAACAACCCAUUAUCUUACAAUCCGCAGACAAUGUUGUUUAGAGACAAUAGUCAAGAUGGGGAAGUUCAGGCUGAUCCUAGGAGCAAUAUUCCAUAUGCCAAUAACAUUGAUAGCCAAAUGGGAAUGCCACUGAAUCCAGACUCCCUUUUAACCAAAAGCACAUUGGGGUUGGGGAAAGAUUUGUCUAAUAAUUUCUCUUCAGAAGACAUGCUUGGUAAUUAUGAAAAUAACAGAGAUACUCGGCAGGAACUUUCGUCUUCAAUGGUUUCACAGACAUUUGGAGUCCCUGAUAUGACCUUCAAUUCAAUUGAUUCCACAAUAGACCAUAGUAACUUCUUGAAUAGAGGUGCUUGGGCUCCACCACCAGCACCGCCACCACCACCUCUGCCACCAGCACAGUUUCAGCGGAUGAGGACAUAUACCAAGGUAUAUAAACGUGGAGCUGUGGGAAGGUCCAUAGACAUAGCACGGUAUUCAGGUUAUGAGGAGCUUAAACAGGAUUUAGCUCGUAGGUUUGGCAUAGAGGGACAGCUGGAGGAUCGGCAAAGGAUAGGCUGGAAACUUGUCUAUGUAGAUCAUGAGAAUGAUGUUCUACUAGUGGGAGAUGACCCUUGGGAGGAGUUUGUGAACUGUGUCCGCUGUAUAAAAAUACUCUCUCCUCAAGAAGUGCAACAGAUGAGCUUGGAUGGAGAUUUUGCCAAUGGUGGCCUUCCAAAUCAAGCCUGUAGCAGCUCUGACGGUGGGAAUACUUGAGUGGAACUCAGCAAUGCGCUAACUAUUCUUCCUUAUUGGUAACUUAGGUUAUUUAUGUGAGAUACAUUAUUGUCCUAAUUCCCAAAGGCGGUUAUUAUGCCGCUGGGGGACGUUUGUGUCCUGCAUCAGGACUUGAAAGCGAUCUUUUGCAGUUCGAAAGGAGAAAUUUUUGCUCUGUUCUGAACAUGCAAAUGUGAAGAGCCAAACGAAGGUGGAGAAACGAACUGCUGAUAGUUCUACAAUUUCAAUCGAAUGUUUGGAGCACAUGGACAAAACUAGAGGUGUUUCAAGCCAUAAAUAUGUUGUAAUAUUGAAGAAGAAAAAAAAAUUCUUGGCAUGGUCAGAAAUAUUUAAUUCUGUUUUGUAGAAAGAAAGGUUUAAUAUAACGCGAUAAUUUUGAAUGUAUAAAGUUGUAGGUUUAUUCUCCCUUUUAGAGGAAUUGCUUUGUAAACGCUAGGCAGCUAGAUUUUGCGGAAGCUUUCACGAUCUUCCAUCCUUCGAGGCACCUUAGUACUAGCCAAGAGGACUGCGAAGUAGAGAAACUUCAAAUGUUGUAAGGUAUACUGUUGCAUUGCUUGCUUGAUGCGUUAGUAUGAAAAAUGGUGCAGACUUAUUUGACUGAAAAGGAGUUAAAUGAAUUACAACUGAUUGCGCUUU